UCUUUUUGAUCUUUCAUUUCCUGUUUAGAACGAGGAAUUACUGAUAAUAUUACUCGUUUUUCAGUCACUUUCUUCUUCUUCUUCUUCUACCUCCUCAUAUAUAUAUAUAUAUAUAUAUUAUAUUGACUCAUCGAUGGAAGAAAUAUUGCCACCGGAUGAAAGUACAAGAGAAGAGUCGAUAGAUCAGGAAAGACAAUUAGAGGAAGUUUGUCAAGAGAAGGGACUGAAAACGAGGAAGCUUUCAUGGCAGAAGCUGCGAAGAUACGACUCCUUGGACAUCGAGUCCCGCAGUAUUGGCGGUCACAAUGCUUACGGCCAUACUUCCAAGGCUACAACUGAUUGGUCGGUAAUUUUACAUCUAGCAUUCCAAAGCAUUGGAAUAGUUUAUGGCGAUAUUGGCACAUCACCUUUGUAUGUGUAUUCGAGCACUUUCACAAAUGGAAUCAAGCAUAACGAUGACAUUUUGGGGGUCCUUUCUUUGAUCUUUUAUACAAUCACUUUGAUCCCUUUGCUCAAAUACGUCUUCUUCGUCUUGAAAGCCAACGACAACGGUGAUGGAGGGACGUUUGCUUUGUACUCUCUUAUAUGCCGAUACGCGAAGGUGGGAUUGACACCAAGCGAGCAGGCUGAGGACAGAGAAGUUUCCAAUUUCCAGCUGGAGUUGCCCAACAACCGUUUAAAGAGAGCUUCAAGGCUUAAGUCUAAGCUUGAGAAUAGCAAGUCUGCCAAGUACUUCUUGUUGUUCGCCACUAUGCUUGGAACUUCCAUGGUUAUUGGUGAUGGGGUCCUCACUCCUUGCAUCUCGGUUCUGUCGGCUGUUGGAGGUAUUAAGGAAGCUAAAUCGUCAUUGACCCAAGAUACAAUUGUUUGGAUAUCAGUAGCUAUCUUGGUAAUCUUAUUUAUGGUCCAGAGAUUUGGAACUGAUAAAGUAGGAUACACUUUUGCUCCAAUAAUUUGCGUGUGGUUUGCACUUAUUGCUGGCAUCGGAGUCCGCAACUUCAUCAAGUUUGAUCGCACAGUCGUCAAAGCCAUAAAUCCAAAGUACAUAGUAGAUUAUUUUCAGAGGAACAAAAAAGACGCUUGGAUUUCCCUUGGUGGCAUUGUUCUAGCCAUAACAGGAACUGAAGCUCUAUUUGCAGACGUGGGACACUUCACUGUUAGGUCUAUUCAAAUAAGCAUGUGCUCUGUAACAUACCCAGCUCUCAUAAUGGCAUACACAGGACAAGCCUCUUUUCUUCGCAAAAACAAAGAACUCGUUGGUGAUACUUUCUACAAGUCUAUUCCACACCAUUUGUAUUGGCCAAUGUUUGUGGUGGCCGUAGCGGCGGCGAUCAUAGCUAGUAAAGCCAUGAUUUCCGGGACCUUUUCUAUAAUCCAACAAUCACUCUCAUUGGGGUGUUUCCCUCGUGUUAAGAUCGUUCACACUUCGACCAAGUAUGAGGGACAGGUUUAUGUUCCUGAAGCCAACUACCUUCUUAUGCUAGCUUGUGUUGCAGUCACUUUGGGAUUCAGAAGCACCACCAAAAUUGGAAACGCCUAUGGUAUAGCAGUGGUGUUUGUGAUGACGCUUACGUCGUCGUUUCUAGUACUAAUAAUGGUAAUGAUAUGGAAGACCAACAUACUUCUGGUAAUCACCUACGUUGUUAUCAUUGGCUCAGUGGAGCUUCUUUAUCUGAGCUCAGUUCUCUACAAGUUCGACCAAGGAGGAUACCUUCCUCUUGCCUUCGCCGGCCUGCUAAUGGCCGUGAUGUUCGUUUGGAACGACGUCUACCGCCGCAAGUACUUUUACGAGCUCGAGCACAAAAUAUCCCCGGAGAGAGUCAAGGAGAUUACCAACGACGGAAACUUCUGCCGGUUACCGGGCCUCGCGAUGUUCUACUCCGAGCUUGUUCAGGGAAUUCCCCCCAUCUUCAAGCAUUACGCGGCCAAUGUUCCUGCUUUGCACUCGGUACUCGUCUUCGUCUCCAUCAAAUCCUUGCCCAUAAGCAAGGUCCCGCCAGAGGAGCGGUUCCUCUUCCGCCGAGUGGAGCCUAAUGACCUUCAUGUCUUUCGUUGCGUUGCGAGGUAUGGUUACACCGACGUUCGCAACGAGAGCGAACCGUUUGAGAAGAUGUUGGUUGAGAAGUUGAAGGAUUUUAUCAAGGAUGACUUUUGGCUAUUCCACAUUGACCCGACACGUAGUAUUACUAAUGGAGAGCCUGUUGAUGCUGAGAAUGAUGUUGGGGAAAUGAAAAACGGGGUGACCACUCAUGAUGAGGUGAAUGUUGUCGAGAAUGCGAAUUCGAAGCGGGUCGAAGAAGAGAAGCGACAUGAGAUGUUGGAUAGAGAGAUUGAGGCACUUGAUAGGGCUUGGAGAGCUGGGGUUGUGCACUUGAUAGGUGAGAACGAAGUGGUGGCAUCUAAAGGAUCUGGGAUAGCUAAGAGGAUCAUGAUCGAUUAUGCUUACAAUUUCUUGAAGAAGAAUUUGAGGCAGACUGAUAAGGUGUUUGAUAUUCCUCACAAGCGAUUGCUUAAGGUGGGCAUGACUUAUGAGCUUUAGAGCAUCAACUUUCUUUCAUCCAACAAUGACUUGAGUCUCGAGAGCUAUAUAUAUAGAUAUAUACAUACAUAUAUAUAUAUAUGGAAAAUGUGGUAAGCUUAGGCUUGAGAGUGUUAAAGCAAUGUUGGUGAUAAUAAUUGCUUGUUUAUAGUUGUUUAGAUAUGAAGCUGUACGUAUAGAGUAUAUCAUCUCACCAAGCUGAUUAAUAAAUUUCAGCACAAACAUAUAAUCACGUUGAAAAAAGUAAACAAAGACUUUUAUAACUUCUUA